AUGUCGAAAAGAGGACCGUCACCACCUCCAGGAGGAGCUGUCAUAAAAAGGGCGCGGGCGACACCUCCACCUUCAAACCAAAUUGCUAUCUCAUCCUCAAACGAUGAUCGAAACAAGGGACUUAUUCGAACAGUCCAACGCACAAGUAACCUCGAAGCGCCGAUCGUCAGCCUUGCAGGAGCUCAUUCUGGUGAAAUUUUGAGCUGCAGAUUCGACCCAACGGGACAGAAUAUCGCGGCAUGCUCGACUGACCGGAGUAUAUCUCUCUGGAGAACAUACCCACCAAACACGAACUACGGCUUGCUCUCUAGCCACGCCAAAGCCCCCAUCCUCGACCUGCAAUGGUCGCUCUGCUCUCCACUCCUCUAUACCGUGUCUGCCGACCACACGCUAUGCAUGACAGACGUGACGACAGGCCAGCGCACGCGCAAGAUACGCGCCCACCGCGAGAUUAUCAACUCCAUUGACCGAACAAUGGCUAGCGGGUCGGGGAUCGAGCUCAUUGCGACGGGCUCGGAUGACGGCACCGUCAAGAUCUGGGAAGGAGGCGAGGAGGCGGGCAAGCAGGCCGUGGCGACGUUCGAAGUGAAGUGCCCUGUUACUUCGGUGUGUUGGAGCAUAGAUGGGAACAGCGUGUAUGUUGGUGCGAUUGACAAUGAAGUCCAUAUAUACGACCUACGCAAAAGCGAACAAGUUUCCUCGCUCACGGGCCACAUUGAUACGCCGACGUCUCUGUCCUUGUCUCCCAAUGGGAACUACCUCCUCUCGCCUUCAUUCUCUUCUCAGACAAUCGUCUGGGACGUCCGCCCCUUCUCCCCAUCACCGAACCGGAUUCACCGCGUUCUUCAAGGCGCACCUGCUGGCUUCGAAAACACCUUGCUAAGAGGAGCGUGGAGCAAAGACGACGGUGGCAAGAGAGUGGCCCUUGGAGGUGCUGACAGGAUGGUGUGCAUUUGGGAUGUGGAUAGCGGGAGAAUUUUGUACAAGCUUCCUGGCCAUAAGGGCACAGUCACAGCUGUCGACUUCCAUCCAAAAGAGCCUAUCAUCCUUACGGGAAGCAAGGACGGCACAAUGCUGCUGGGUGAAAUCGAAGCUGGCCUCAAUGUCUAG